GGGGCUUUAGGUUUGAAGUACUCGUCUAACCCCUACUUCAUCAACUCAACGCUCAGAUUGUUGCACAGAUUCUUUUUUACGCCAUGUACAUGCUGUGUGAACUACGAACACAUUGUUGAAUUAGCUCUUUGAGUGGAAAUGGAAUUUUGCCCGACUUGUGGGAAUAUGCUGCUGUAUGAGCUGCCUAAUACUGGGCACUCUGCCCGAUUUUUCUGCCCAACAUGUCCAUAUGUAUGUCAGAUGAAGAAGCGGGUAAAGAUAAAGAGACAUAUGCGAUUGGUUAAGAAAGCAAUAGAUCCCAUCUUUUCUGAAAAUGAUCAGCAGAAUUUACCCACAACUGAUACAACAUGUCCUGCAUGCAACUAUGGAAAAGCUGCUUUCUACCAAGUGCAAAUUCGGUCGGCAGAUGAACCAAUGACAACAUUUUACAUAUGCAAGAGGGAGACUUGCCGAAAUCAUUGGCGUGAGGAAUAGAGCUCUUACUUUGCAAGCUUAUAGGCUCUAAGCUCUAUAGAUUUGGUUUGGUUCCAAUAAAACCUUUUGCUAUGUAAUCUGGUUUAAAACAUUGCGUUUAAUUCAUCAGUUUCCAGAAUACUACUGGAGAAAGCACAAUUUUGUUUUUGAAAUGUAACGAAAAUAUUGUCACAUUUCAUGUCGCUGUUAAUGAAUGGCGGGUUUUGACUA